AUGAGUGACGCCAAAGAUGACUUGACCGACAAAGCCCACUUCGAUCCAACAUGGAUUGCAUGGAAUGGGGGCUACCUACACUCCAAUAACGUCCUGUUUUAUUUCGCGACAUCCCCAUUCUUCGACCAGGUGUCUGGUAACCAGUCCCUUUUCACGCAAUGGGCCGGCACACCAAACCAGAAUGAUAUUCUAGGCACCAGGGCUAAGUUUGAGGCCAAUCUUCGGCAUCAACGCGGCAUUCAGUAUGUGGUCCAACAUGAUCCGCUUGAAGAAAAGGUCAUGGUUGAUGGACCAAAUGGCCGGGAGAAUUCAAAUGUAUGGGUGAUCCGAAAACAGAACCGUGAGAAUGAAGACGACAGGAGCGUCACAGUCUUGGGCUAUUAUUACAUCGUCAAUGACGUGAUCUACCAAGCUCCUUCAGUCGCCAAUGUCCUAAACUAUCGCAUGCUGAACACGGUUCUAUCCCUCGACAAAGUCUUCUCUACGCCAGCAGACUUGUCGUAUUUCUCUCCAGCCCACGGACACACAUACCACAAGCCGGUGCAAAAGUCUCUGGCACAGUCCAUAUCAGGCCCAUCCCAGCAGAGUAAAGAGAGCACGCCCAUGCCAACGAGUCAAGCCUCGAGUUCCGAAAAGCCAACAGGAGGUCCUGUGCAGCCGCACGAGGAUAGCAACGGUGAGGCAAGGACCGUAUGGGAUGCUUUACGAAUGACUUUGCAGUAUGGGAAGGAGUACAUGGAUGAGGUGCCCUUGGUGGGUGAGCCAGGUCAUUUUAGGUUCUCCAGGCAAAAGGACCUUACAAACGGUCAUGCAAAGGGUCUGGCAGCACCGUCAAACGUCGGCACCCCGGGCCAGUCUCGAGCGCCGUCUGCUGUACCUCCCAUAACUACUGGUCCAACCUCGGCGCCAAAAGACGCAAAGAACGGAGAGAAGGUGGGUGCUGCUCCGGAUGCGCCUCCCAAACCGAAGAGAAGAAAGAGUAGACCGGGCGACUCCAGUCCAUAA